CACCCGGUGUUGUAACCGUGGAGGUAAACAUGGCCGCCCUCGGACCUCUGUCAAGAACAGCCCGGCUCGGUUGCAACCUCUGUCGGAACCACCGCUUGGUUUUUAACAGAAACCUUCAGAGACGAGGAAUAGCUUCGUGCAUUGACCCUUCAUAUGGACUCUCAGAGGAGCAGAAGGAGUUUCAGAAAGUGGCCUUUGACUUCGCAGCCAAUGAAAUGGCUCCACACAUGGCCGAGUGGGACCAAAAGGAAAUCUUCCCAGUGGAGACGAUGCGGAAAGCUGCCCAGCUAGGAUUCGGUGGCAUCUACGUGCAGCCAGAGGUCGGGGGGUCAGGCCUCUCUCGUCUGGACACGUCGAUCAUUUUCGAGGCUCUGUCCACGGGCUGCGUCAGCACCACGGCGUACAUUAGCAUCCACAACAUGUGUGCCUGGAUGAUUGACACCUUUGGGAAUAAUGAGCAGAGAGAGAGGUUCUGCCCUGACCUCUGCUCCAUGGAAAAGUUUGCCUCCUAUUGUCUGACUGAGCCAGGCAGCGGCAGCGACGCAGCUUCACUCAUCACAUCGGCGCAGCUCAAAGGGGACCAUUAUAUCCUAAAUGGCUCCAAGGCUUUUAUCAGUGGGGGAGGAGACACCGACGUGUAUGUUGUGAUGUGCAGAACAGGAGGGAAAGGACCUAAAGGAAUCUCAUGCUUAGUGGUGGAGAAGGGGACGCCGGGCCUCAGUUUUGGCAAAAAGGAGAAGAAGGUGGGCUGGAACUCUCAGCCUACCAGGGCUGUGAUAUUUGAGGACUGUGCCGUCCCAGUGACCAACCGGCUCGGCGCUGAAGGACAGGGCUUCAACAUCGCCAUGAAGGGCCUGAAUGGAGGCAGGAUUAAUAUCGCUUCCUGUUCUCUGGGAGCGGCACACGCCUCUGUGCUGCUGGCGAGGGAUCACCUACUGGUGCGCAAGCAGUUUGGAGAGACGCUCGCCAAUAACCAAUUUCUGCAGUUCAAGCUGGCAGAAAUGGCCACCAAGUUGGUUGCGUCUCGCCUUCUGGUGCGCGAGGCUGCCACGGCGCUGCAGCAGAGCCGAGCUGAUGCCGUCUCCCUCUGCUCCAUGGCCAAGCUUUUUGUGACAGACGAGUGCUUCAAUAUCUGCAACCAGGCUCUCCAGAUGCACGGCGGCUACGGUUACCUGAAGGACUACGCCGUGCAGCAGUUUGUGCGAGACAUCAGAGUCCAUCAGAUUCUUGAGGGAACCAACGAGGUGAUGAGGAUGAUUAUUUCCCGAAAUUUGCUCACGGAGUCGUGAUAAAUCUUUUCUCCUGGGUGUUCAGUGGACCACGUAGUUGUGGUUCUUGAUUGAUUGUUACCGUGUGGCGGGUCCGGAAUUGCUCUCUGCAUCAUACUUCUUCCAGUUUUAGAGGAAAUCAUCACAGUUGGUGGAAACGGGUCUUAUUUUUGUAGUAAAACACCAGAUCACCUGUCAGAUUUGUAGCUGUGACACGGGAAGAAAUUGAGAUUAAUGCACCUGCUUUAACAGCAGUGCUUAUCAAUAACUCAUCAAUAACUCAUCAAUAACUGCAUUGAUGUUCAUGUAUCAAAUCCAAAGACAUGGAUUAAAGCAACCAGAGUGGUUUAGUUAUCACAUUUUGGCCACUCGGUUUAGCCUUGUUCCACAAAAGGGAGUAUUUGUGAUUUAUCCGCCUAAGUAAAACAUUUCCAGACACCAAAUAAAAAAAAAAACCAAGUCAACAAAAACUGUUCCCCUGCUCAUGGAUUGUGUAAAGUAAUGCACAGAUAUGUUUUUAAAAGGUCAAGAUUUAAUUUCUAGAGCACUCCUACUAAAUAUAAGUUCAGAUAUUUUAAUAGUUGAAGGCUAGAGUUACUCUGAUGUCACCAUUUUAUACAAAGACCUCAAAGCUUUACCACACUGAACUGGAGGUACGUUUCAACUUCACAAAGCUUUUCAAGAAACCAGGGAGGCUUUCUGGGUUUAUGAUUUACUUCCCCUCCUCUCUACUGCCUCAACCAGAGCAAAACCAGAUUAUUCUGAUAAAGAUUUAGAAAAUGCUUCCUGGUAGGAAGGUAGAUGGUACCCUGAAACUUAAGGGUGUUAGGCAUUAUGUUUCAGUCACUCCAGUUUAAGAUAAUCUAGAGUUCAUGCAUUCUGUCAGCUUGAGCUAAAAUAGAUUUUACUGUCUAGACUGUCUGUGUGGUCAGAGGCAGUUAGUCGUUCAAAGUAAUUUUUAGGGUUUUUGCUGUGAAAAUCAGUGCCUAGUGUCAGAACUUAAAUCAAGAUUUUGACUAGGCCACUUCAACACCUUUAUUUGGAACUGUUUAUUUUAUUUGCCAUGUAGACGUGGACAUGACGUUGUGCUAUGGAUUAUUGUCCUGUCGGGCAUCCAACAUGUGCCCAAGUUUAGGAUGGCUAGACAACCUUCUUUAGGAUUUUCCUGUAGAGAGCAGACAUCAUGCUAACAGGAAAUGACAAUACCACCAUCAUGUUUGACUGUAGGUGUGGUUGAUGCUCUUUUGUAAAAGGCUGGUGUUUUAUGGUAGAUGUAACUUACACUUUCCAAAAAGUUCAACUUUAGUCUCGUAAGUCCAUUAAAUACUGGAAAAAGUCUUGGUUUAUGAAGAUAAAUUUAGGAAAUGUGAGAAGUGCCUUUUUGGUUUAGGAGUAGUUCCGUUCUCCGUUUGUGGAUGACAGCUCUCGCUGUGGUUCACUCGUAACGCCUUCCUGGCUGAUGGCUGUCAAACACUCUGGUUCUCUCAUCUUUUACGGAACCUCUUCAGACCGGAACAUCAUUUGCUACAUCUGGGACCGUUUGGCCUACUUCAUGUUGUCAGACAGGUUCUGUUUAUGUGAUUUUUCUAGUUCUGCAGGUCUGGCAGUACCCAUGCCUGGGAAGUCGUGAAUUUGAACAGUGAUUUUCCAAAAUGUCGUUAAUCACAGUUAAAUAUUUAACCUAGGUGUUAAUCACUCUUUCCACAUAUGGCCAGGGUGGUUUUAAUGACAUUUUUGCCUUGAUCACAUGAUCAUUAUCUUUAUCAAUUUUUAAAAUGGAUUUGAUAUAAAAGUCUAACAAAUAAGCCAAGACAAGGAAAUCUGUACAAAGGUAACUCUUCUUUUUUUAACCGAAAUAUAGAUUGAUUUUUUUUAACUGUAUUAAGCUGUAUAGUAUGGAGAAGCAAGUCAGGGUGAAGGUUCAUGGAAAUUAAGUUGUGGCGGAUAAAGGUUCAGAGUAGCAAUGAAUUGCUGAGUUAUGUACACUUUGUAAUGAUACAAUGAAUAGUAUAUUCUCUGUUACAAAUUACUUUUUAUAAAAAAAAAAAUUAGAUCUGUCUCUAAAACGUUUGAAAAGAGUCGAUAAUGUUUUUCACUCUCAUGCAGCCUCCGUAUUUCUGUUCCCAGGUGGCUCUCCGUGUCCCGCGUAACUGCAUUAUGUUAUUUCUACACAGAUUACUGGUUUGCUGUCAGCAGAGGGUCAUGUUUGCACUCUGAAAUAAAACAUUUUAAAUAUCCUAAAA